AUGGCCCCAGAAUCCGCUUGUGGUAAGCCUGCUGAUGAUGACCAAGAUGAUGGCUUUGUUCUGCUACAACCUGAGGCUUCUCUGGCAUUAGUGGAUGAAAAGCAGUUCAUAGGGAAGAAAGUUGUGCCUUUCCUACUUGGACUGGAAGCAAGUAAAGUCAACCUUUCAGCAGAACAAUGUACAGCAAUCAAGGAAAUGAAAAGAAUUCUGAAUGCGCACACCAUAGCACCACCAUAUGAAGAUUUUUUCAAGUACAUGCCAGAGAAUCAGAAGAAGUUUGGAUUUUCUGACAAGGAGAUGAAAAAUGGCAUGAAGAGGGCUUCAGAAAUUUACCGUCAAGUGUAUGAGGCCCAUUUUACUGAUACACUCGCCUUAUUUCAGAAGCUGUUUGAAGAGGAUGUCUUCUACAAAGAGCAGCAGUGGGACUUUGAGGUUGUGGAGUUAGGACCACUCCCACACAAAGUAACCCCAUCUGCAAGUAAGCAGGCACAAGAAAAUCACAAUGCUGGAAAUUUGUCAUCACUGUUUGAUCAUGAGAAGGAACUGGACAACUUGAUCAGCAUAACUAGGACUGAAGUGCUUGGAAAAUUUGAUGUUCCAGUUAUUUAUGUGGCCAAUGGAUUGUCCAUUCGUCUGGAUGAUCACCACAUGUUCCUGAGUGCUGUGGAAAAGGUUCUGAGAAUGCAUCCACCAUGGAGAAAGAAUGAUAUUACCUCCAAUGAAGCAAAGGCAGCAUUUCAUGACAUUUGCAGAAGGAUGUUUUGGCCUGGACCAACAUUCAAAGCAAUUAAGAAUCCAGUCAGACGAUACAUGGAAGCUGUGUAUGAAUUUGUGAGGAAGUCCAUUCAAGAUAAGAAGAAACCCAAAGAGGACUUGCUGAAGCACAACAUCCCUACAUUUAAAAGUGUCAAGAAAGAAAUCAUUGACAUGCUCCGUGGACGAUUAAUGCACAUCAGAGCUGCAGAGAACAUUGCUGUUGUGGCCAAGAUUGAGAUGACUGCAGGCACUGAAAGAAUUCUAGAUGCAAUCAGAGCCAUGCACAAUGAUGUACUGAAAGCUGUAGAAGAUCAAAGGAGCUCAAAUAGGGCAGUUAUGGGAAAGUUUGCAGAAACUCAAAUGCUGAUUCAGCUGAAGGGCAUACAUAAGCUGGCAUCACCACAUGUACAAAUGGCUCAAGGCAAAUUUAGUGCUGAAGUUGAAGACCUGGAUCCUCGACUGAAGAUUCCAGUGAAAACAAGGAGAGCACUUGUGGAAAUUGAUGGUCUUUUGAUGGAUGCAAACUUGAGAAAGAAUAUGAACAUUCUCAGAAUUCUUCUCAUCUUUGACCUGGCUGCAAUAUUUGAGACUGGGUAUUUGCUUCAAGCUCUUCUUUGGGCCCAGCUUCAUUGGAGUAAACAUGAUCCUCAGCUAAGGACCAUCACAAGCAUUGAAGAACGUGACUCUCAAAUAUAUACACCUGAACAGGAUGAUCCUGAAAUUCAGGACUAUGAUGCAGUUCCUCUCAACCUUCAACACCGUUUACAACAGGAGCAUCUGCGCAUUCCUCUGAACAAACUUCCUGGGUUUUAUGCUGCUGUGGAACAGUAUGCAGCUUUACAUUUGACAGCUGCAGAGAUGGAUAAAAUAAGUCAGGGAAAGCUGCCGCCGGUUCCAAGAAAUCACAAAAGAAUUAAGCUGGUCAGUUUGGGCUGCCCCAGCUUAAGCUGGCCACCCGAACGACAAAGGGGAUUGAAGGGCUUACCGUUUGGGACGGAAUGCGCUUGGGACGGAUCUUCCGUACGCGGGGUCGGAUGCUCGUCUUGGAAAAAGGAGAGGAUUAAUAAGCUCAUUAAGAAGGGAGGAUUCGUCCCUAAGGAAAUCGUACCCGGAGAAUUCGUCCUGCUGCUGGGUACAGGAUGGAGUGGUAGGGAACAGCCCUCUGGAGGGGCAGCGUGGAAGUGA